UAUUAUUUUAUAAGCAAAAAGAAAUUAUAAAAACUUUUUUAUUGAUUUAUGACGCAAUAGAAGAUGAACUUGCAUGGUAAACAUUUCUGGGUUAAACCACAAAUUUCGAAAGCAAACCAAAUCUUUAAAAUUAAGAAAUCUGGGGGUUUCUUGGUGUAUAUAAACUGAAUCUAAGAGUAACAAUCUUCAGUUAAUUCAACCACACCAAGAAAUUAUUAAUAUAUUUAAAGAUAAUUAAGAUGUUUAAGUUUGUGAUUUUGACUGUUAUAAUCAGUGUGGUGAAUGCUCAAUGGGGUUUAUCUGGUGAUAAGAAAUUAGAAAGGGUUGUCGAUUAUUAUGCACCUCCAAAAUACGAGUUUCAAUAUGGAGUAGAAGAUGCAAAAACUGGAGAUAAAAAGCAACAAAUUGAGGAGAGAAAAGGCGAUAGAGUCGUUGGGGAAUAUUCACUGCUUGAACCUGAUGGAACUAUAAGGAUUGUUAAAUAUGAGGCUGAUGAUAAAAAUGGGUUUAAUGCGAAAGUGAUUAGAGAAGGAAAAGCGAUUCAUCCAAUUCCAAAAGGAUGGUAAAACUGGAUAAUCAAUGUUUUUGUUGAAAAUACUACUUAAUUUAAUUGUCUUGGACAUGUUAUGUUAUUCUACUUGUUUUAUUAUUUUAUGAAAUAAAUGUUUAUUCUAUAACUAAAUUUGAAGAGUUUUAUCUUUAUUACCCUCGUUUAAACACAUCCAAUUCUAGCAAAUAAAUAUUAAGUACCUACAUAUUUGCAAAAGAUUGUAAAUUAUUUCAAGUAUUUACUUGAAAAAUUUUUUAAUGACGCAGUAAUUUCAAAAAUAGCAUUUUAUUUCGCGGCUGUUUAUAUAACAUUUUCACCGAAACGAUUACAAAUAUCAUUGAUAUCUAGACCACCAUUCCGGUUUAUAAUCAAAAAGCCAUAUUACUUUGUAGAAAGCAUAGAAUUUCACUUAAACACGUUACUGCUUAUGCCAGCGAAUGUAAUUAUUUCCACUUGAGCUGAGCUUAA